CCAAAAAAAUCCAAGUCAUGUUACUAUUCUACAAGAGAGGAAAGUUGAACCGUUCCAGUAAAGUAAAAACUCAACCAUGGCGAUGCAGACUGGCGUCGCCGCCUCAAAGGUCCUCAUUCUCGUCGGCGCAGGUGUAACUGGAUCUGUCAUUUUGAGGAGCGGACAGUUGUCGGAUUUGCUGUCUCAUCUUCAAGAUUUGAUAAAAAGAUUAAAUGAAGCUGAAACAUCACCUGGGAAAUAUGAUGCCGCUCUUCUAGCAGCUCAGGUUCGGCAAUUGGCUAAAGAGAUCAAGGAGUUGAGUUUAUCCAAUCCCGUUACGAUUUUUAAUGGGAAUUCAUCCUCCAGUGGAAGUUAUGCUUCAUAUAUAUUGCCUGCAGCAGCUGUGGGUGCGGCGGGAUACUGUUACAUGCGGUGGAAGGGAUGGUCAUUUUCGGAUGUUAUGUAUGUUACCAAGAAUAAUAUGGCAACCGCUGUUGCAUCAGUGUCGAAGCAGUUAGACCAUGUUUCAGAAGCAUUGGCUUCGACAAAGAGACAUUUAACAAAGAAAUUGGAAAACCUGGAUUGGAAACUGGACGAGCAGAGGGAAAUAUCGAAAUUUAUCUGUAAUGAUGUUACUGAAGUGAAAUCGAAUCUUAACCAAAUAGGAUUCGACAUCGGGUUGAUUCAUGAGAUGGUAUCUGGCUUGGAAGGAAAGAUUGAGCUUCUUGAAAGUAAGCAGGAUAUGACUAAUUCAGGGCUGUGGUAUCUCUGCCAAGUGGCUGGAAAUAUUAAAGACGAUAAGAGUUCGAAAAUUAUCCAGGAUGUCGGAGCCAAGCUAAUAGACAGCAAGUCAACUGCAGUUCCAGGAGGAGGGGGUGCAAAGGGUCUUCAGUUCAUCGUUGGAAGCGACGAACCAAGCAAAUUACAGAAAAGUUUUUCAUGUGUGGAUGCAAAAGAUGCUUCUGCUGCAAAAAUGAGAAUUCACCGCUCUUUUCCUGUUGGCCUAUCUUUUGCCCGAGAUAUUGUAGGCUAAGGUUCGUGAUUUCGCAUUUGGAAUGAUUCUUUCUUUUUUCCGAUUAAACCCCUUCAACAGCUGGGCAUUCAUUUCAUUGCCUGAAAUAAAUAGGGGAUCAUCAUAUAUUUGGUUAAUGCUGAUAGUCAGCUCAGAGAAAAAUUACUCUGGUUUUGGAUUUGCUUGGGGCUCAAUUGUUUUUUAUGACAUAAUAUAUAUAUAUAUGCUUGUGAAUAUGAUACAUCAAUUGUUGUUCAUCAGCACAACACAGUUAAUAUAAUAUGUGUACUACAUAAUAUUGGGCUUU